AUGACGAUUCAAACGAAUGCGGGACUCUCGCGACUCUCGAACGAGAACCACGAGCAACACGAGACGACGCGAGAGGAAGAGGAACACAACAUUCUGAUGCAAGAGGAAGAGAAUACGACCACUACGAAUACUAAAGAAGAGCACUGGGCACCUUUGCACGAGGACAUCUCCGAGCUGCGCAUAGCGGAAGGCGUCGCGCUCGAGGCGAAGGUGUACGGAGACGAAGACGCGCCGGUGCAAGUCGUCUGGGGACACGGGUUAGGGUCGUCCAUGACGAACGAGGAUAAGGAGUCGCUGUGGAACUUUUGGGACGUGAGCGAGAGAGGGGACGCGUCUUCCGCCGGGAACGGGACGGCGACGACGACGUGCGACGAGGACGGGAGCGACGGAAGCGCGAGCGAGGAGGAGGAGGAGGUAGGUUUAGAAAAUUUAGAAAACUUAAAGGAUGAGAAGGUGAGGAUUGUGCGGUAUAACGCGAGAGGGCACGGGUAUUCGUCGCCGGCGGAGACGAGCUCGCAGGCGAAGUGGGAGAACAUGGCGGCGGAUAUGUUAAAAGUGGCCAAUUUGAAACAACAAACGAGGAUUAGUAAGAAAACGGGAAAGGAAAAGAAACAAAAGUUAAUUUUAGGUGGCGCGUCUAUGGGUGCGGCGGUGGUGCUGCACGCCGCCGUUCAACGCGGGGACGUCUUUCCCGACGGCAUGGUGUUGGUCAUACCGCCGACGAUUUACGAACAGAGGAAAAAACGAGAGAAAAAUUUAAAGAAGAAGGCGAGGGAAGGACCGCCGCCGCCGCCGAGGUUGAGAAAGCCGAGACCGAUUUUCGACGGCGAGCCGGAGGAGGUGUACGUGCCGAGAGCGACGGUAGAAUUUGGCAUGCGAGAUGAGUCGUACGUGGCGGUUUCUGUCGGCGCGGCGCAAUCCAAUUUACCUCCGCCGGAGGAGAUUUCCAACGUCGUGGCGAAAGUGCCGUGUUUGCUCUUGGCGUGGGAUUGCGGCGAUAAGACGCACCCAGUGAAGAGCGCGGAGGAGUUGAAAAAACUGAUUCCGCACUGCGAAAUGCACGUGGCGAAGACACUGGAGGAUACCGAGCAGUGGCCGAGGAUGAUUCGAGACUUUAUUCGAAGCAUUUCGCGAUCUUCGGAAGGAAAUGUGGUUAGAAGAGAAGGAGCAACGGUUACGACGAUGUUUCAUGAUAAAGAUUACGAGACGGAGGUGACCACGACGGAUUGGGAUACGACCGAUCACGACCGAUAUUAA